AUGCCUCUCCUGAACUUCCACCUUCUCCGCCUCAACGACGACAUCCAACCCCAGACCUUCCUCACUCACCUCCAGAAGGCCGACCCAUCUAUCAAGGUAAUAGUGGCAUCAAAACCACGCCACUUUGUUGUCAAAGCCACUACUCAAGAUGCGGAUAUCCUGAACAAGCCCUGGGACCUGAUGCUUCUUCUUCAAGGUUCUAAGGACUCACUCCCACAAUCUGUUCUCCAACACAUCUCCUCAAAAUACAGUCUUCCCGUCGGCAUACCCGGAAAGCUACUAUCAGCUUACCCAGAGAAGAAUGCAAGACUCAUCAAGGAAGCUCCCUCAGCUGGUCUGACAGGCUCCCUCGACAACCCCAAAAUGCCAGACUCGAGCCAGAAUUUGGAACUGUCGCCUGACAUGUUGGAAUUCAUGGAGCAACUUCUCAAGGAACAUGAUGGUCCUGUUACAAUGUUGAAUCUGUUAAAGUUCAAACCCGAUGGUAAACAGAGCUACUACCAGUAUGGACAGAAUUUUAUCGAAGUGGCAGGGAAACGCGGUGGAGAUGCAAAGAUUGUGGGUAAUGUCAUUGCUGCUGAUGGCGAGAAGGGUGGUUGGAAUGAGGUGGCCAUAGUACACUACGCUAGCAUUCGUCACUUCGCUGACAUGCUUGCUGGCGACGACUAUCAGGCUAUUAAUGAGAAAUAUAGGCUUCCGGCUUUGGAGGAUACGAUAUUGAUUUGUACUACUGAGUUUAGUCUGAUGGGUACAAAAGCCAAGCUCUAA